CCUCACACGUCAAGGCCGCCCGACCAGAGCACUGCACCGAUACGCCAGCCCAAAGAAAUCCAGAGUCAUGGAGGCUCCAACGCUCUCAAAACCCUUUAAAGAUAAGAUUAAUACGCCAAUAAUAUGCUUGAUUUUAUUACUGCUAGCUGGUGAUACACUAGAGAGCCCCCAUGCCAUAUAUAAAAUAACUUGGAAGAUUAUCAAUCAGGACACCGGGGCAGUCGCUAACUCCACUACGAUGCCGGGUGUUAUAAAUGCAACCUUUCCCCCUUUGCAUGUAGAUCUUUGCGACCUAGUGGGUAAGCGAUGGGAUCACUCAGAACAAGCACUCUUCCCCGGCUAUGGCUGUCAACACACGGGCCAGCGCAUAUCCACACGCAAACUUGACAUAUAUGUUUGCCCAGGACAUAACCGUGAUAAAGAGCUCCAACAUAGAUGUGGUGGACCGGGAGAUGGGUAUUGUGCUGAAUGGGGAUGUGAGACCACCGGGACCACCUAUUGGAAACCCACUUCUUCCUGGGACUUAAUCACCCUCCAACGAGGAACUAUCCCGGGGUAUAAUGGAGAUGGCCCCUGGACUUGUGGGGGGCAGGAUUGUGGACCAUGCCAUGAUUCAAGUUCCAAACUCCAGGGCAGCACCCCUGGAGGAAGAUGCAACCCCCUAAUUACCACUUUUACUGAGGCUGCUAAACGGUCAGCAUGGGAUGCCCCCAAGGCCUGGGGGCUACGGCUGUAUCGUACUGGAAUGGAUCCCGCAGCCACCUUCCUAAUCUCCAGAACCAUUUCCCCCACAGCUAUGGCCUCUAUUGGGCCAAACUCUGUGCUACUCGACCAACCGGAUAGGCCAUCCCAGAACCUCCCUAGACCCAAGCCAAACCCCUUGCCAUCUGUCACCACCCUACCUACCCAUGCUACCGGACAUAGUAAUGCCACUCUACCCCCUAGACCAAAGUUCAGUUCUGCCAGUAGACUAUUGAACUUAAUCAGAGGAGCCCACCAAGCGUUAAACGAAACCCAUCCUGAUAAGGCGGAGGAUUGUUGGCUCUGCUACAGCGGCUCCCCUUAUUAUGAGGGCUUGGCAUUGGACUCUGACCUUAUCAGCUAUACAUCUCCCCCUUCCCGAUGCAGCGAAACACUUAAUCAUAAACUAACUCUGCCCCAGGUGACUGGGCGAGGACUAUGUCUUGGAAAUGUUCCCAGAUCGUCUCAAAAACUAUGUAACCGUACAGUCCCAGUAACUCCCAGCAACUCAUACCUGACCAGCCCUAACGGGACUUAUUGGGCCUGCAAUACAGGACUAACUCCUUGCGUCUCAGUAUUGGUUCUUACCAUCACAGCUGAUUAUUGUGUACUUGUCCAGCUAUGGCCCCACAUUACCUACCACUCCUCAGAGACUGUACUAGGAUACUUUGAGAAUCGUUAUCGAUUCAGAAGGGAACCUGUUUCAAUAACAUUAGCUCUUCUCCUGGGAGUGGGGGGAAUAGCGGCUGGUAUAGGGACCGGGACCACUGCCUUACUUCGGAGCAAUCAAAAUACACAGCUCCAGGCAGCCAUGAAUGAGGAUCUACAGGCCUUAGAAAAAUCAGUUAGAGCCCUCAAGGACUCUUUGGUUUCAUUAUCUGAAUUGGUCCUACAGAAUAGGAGAGGACUAGACCUCCUAUUUCUUAAACAAGGAGGCUUAUGUGCCGCCCUCAAAGAAGAAUGUUGUUUCUACGCAGACAAAACUGGGGUAGUAACUGAAACUUUGGAUAAACUCAAGGAGAGGCUGACUGUCCGUCGAAAGAAUUCUGAAUCUCAACAAUACUGGUAUGAGGAUUGGUUUAACAAAUCCCCCUGGUUCGCUACAUUAGUCUCUACUCUUAUGGGCCCCCUAAUUAUUUUCAUAUUUAUGUUAACCUUUGGGCCCUGCAUUCUCAACAAACUAGUUCAAUUUAUAAAAGAUAAAUUAACAAUAAUUCAAGCCUUAGUCUUAACUCAACAAUACCAUGCCCUCAAACAGACGGAACCAUAAGGAAACCUUAAGUAAAGAGGGCUGGACAAUAGGUAAAAGAUUCUACCUAUGCACAAGAACAAGGGGGGAAUGAAAGACCCCUACCCAGGGCCCCCCUAGGAAUAAUAAAAACAAAGCCAAGCCAUUGCCUAGUGGAAAAACCCAGACAGGUGUCUCACCCUCAAAACAGGAUGUCUCUAAUCACUAUAGUAAUCAUGAGACCCGGAUACUAAUUGCUGAAGCGUGCUGGGAACAUUCAUAUGACAAUACUAGGAAACCUAGUCCUUGGCAACUACCCCUGCCCCCCGCAGAUGAU